AUGAACCUGAACCCGAACCACCUUGCCGGGGAAGAAGAGGAGAAUGAAUAUGGAGAGGUAAUCAUGGAUGUCACCUUGGACGAAAAGAGGAGGGCGAGGAAUAUGAUGAGCUCCGACCUGGUAAUCGAGAUCCCAGGUCGUGGAAACAGGGACUUUGCUGAAUGGCAGAGGAUCAGUUGGGAGGAGGAGUUGGUGCUGGAAUCGGCUCCAGCAAGUGGUGAUAGGGAUAUGGCGAUGAAGGCGACGAGGGGUGGUAUGCAACCGACGAGGGGCAGAGGGAAAGGGAGAGGAAGACCGAGGAAGGAGAGUUAUAGAGCAAGCGGUAGGCCCAGGGGAAGGCCUAGACUAGUGCGGCAGCCAUGA